AUCAAACAAUGCAUGAAGGAAAUAUAAAUACUUCACCAUCAAGCACACAUAUCCAACUACAUUCCAUCAUGUCCGAACCCAAAGGUAGAACUGUUGGCGGCACAGAAUACAGCUGGUGCAAGGCCGUUCAAGGCGGCACCGGCAUCGCCGUCGUCACACUACGCACUUCAAAACUCCCAAACAUAAACCGUCUCCAAAAGGCCCUCCACAAACUCCAAAAUUCCCAUCCUAUCCUCAAAUCCACUCUUCUCCAACACACAUCCACCUUCUCCUUUCUCACCUCUCCCACACCCUUCCUCCAACUAAAAAUUCAUGAUCUCUCAUUAAACCUAAACAAACCAAAUGACGCUGUUACGAUCUCUCCUCUCCAACAAAUCCUAGAACUAGAACUCAACAACGACAGUGUGUGGCGCGAUGCAGCACUUAACUCAAAUGAAAUGUUUUUCGGCAGCAUUUAUGCUCUGCCGAAUAACGUUUGGGUUAUUGCGCUGCGACUCCACGUCGCUGCGUGUGACCGUACAACUGCGGUGUUGCUAUUGAGAGAGUUGCUUGAGUUGAUGGAAGAGAAAGAAGAAAUCGUUAGUGAAGAUCAAAAUGAUAAGAAAGUUAGUUUGGCUAUUGAGGAUCUUGUACCUCGUGAGAAAACAAAGAAGCCUUUGCUGGCGCGUGGUUUGAACGUGCUUGGUUACUCACUUAACUCCUUUAAGCUAACGAAUUUGAAAUUUAAUGAUAGCAAAACGACCAGGUUUUCACAAGUUGUGAGGUUGCAACUUAACCAAGAUGACACCAAGGGGGUUCUAGCUGGGUGCGCGUGGAAUGGAAUAAAAGUGUGCGGGGUAAUGAGUGCUGCGGGAAUGAUCGCCGGCCAUAGCUCAAAACGUGGUUCCAAGAAGUAUGGGAUCGUUACACUCACUGAUUGUCGAUCUACUCUCCAAUCUCGUCUCUCUGACAAUUUCGGUUUUUACCACUCUGCCAUUCUCAAUUCCCACGAAAUAAAAGGAGGAGAAACUAUAUGGGAGCUAGCAAAAAAAACAUACGGAGCUUUUGCAACCUCAAAGAAAAAUAACAAACAUUUUUCAGAUAUGGAAGACUUAAACUUCCUUAUGUGCAAAGCCAUAGAAAAUCCAGGUUUAACACCAUCUUCUUCCUUACGAACGUCGAUCAUGUCAGUGUUCGAGGACACGGUGAUCGACAACAGUGGGAAGAAGCAAAGAGAGAUUGGUGUUGAGGACUACAUGGGAUGUGCUUCUAUUCAUGGUGUGGGACCAUCUAUUGCUAUUUUUGAUACCAUAAGAGAUGGAUGCUUGGAUUGUAUUUGUGUGUAUCCAGCACCAUUACAUUCUAGGGAACAAAUGCAAGACAUUGUUGGUAAGAUGAAGAGUACACUUAUUGAUGCUGCUAAGGCAUAUAAGGAAUGAAAUAAUCACAUGACAUUGAUUUAUCGUCACCGGCCCCCUUUAUAUAUUGGAUCAAUAUUUAUUACAUUGGAUUGUAUUUCAUGGUUCUUAAUGUAGUUUUUGUUUUUAUAGCUUUUGUAGGAAUAAACAAUUUAUAAUUUUGUAAUUUUCUUUUGUGUGUUUUUUAUAGGUUAAAAAAUGCGAGGAAUAUGUAUGCAAUAUAUGCAAAACGAGUCUAUAUGAUAUUGGUCUUUGGCGUUUUGGGUAAACUAUUACACAUUUUUUUGGACAAAUUUUUUCCACUAUUAUAUCCUAAUGUUUUUUUUAGUUAAAA